AUGAACCACCAGUGUUCAACCACCUCUAUUGACCUAGACUGCCUGGUCUGCUUCAACAAGUACAACAUGUACAGAGUGCCCAAGCUCCUGGACUGUCAGCACGCCUUCUGCGCGGUGUGCCUCAAGCUCAUCCUUAGGAAAGAUGGGAAUACCUGGAUAAUCACCUGCCCCCUGUGCCGAAAAGCCACUUUUGUGUCAGGGGGACUCAUCCGCACACUUCAGAACAAAGAAGACAUCAUGGAGCACUUGGAAAGCCCCAGUUCACAUGCUGAGGUACAUGUCUCUGCCAUAGGGCUGGACAGCAAUAGCUGGACUCGGACCAGCCAAGACUUGCUCUACAGAGAUGAAAACGUUCCGGCAGACGACAAGCUGGCUGUGCAGAGACUUGUGCUGCUCCUGCUGCUGGGGGUGAUCCUCACCAUCCUCAUCCUCCCCUUUAUAUACUCUGGGCUGGUAAAAUGGGUAGUUUGUCUCAUGCUUGCUUUGGGGGUGGUCAUGUCUGUGGCACUUUGCUGCACUCCUAAAUUCUUCUGGAGGUCUAACAGGGACUUGCUCACCUCCUGCCACAAAGAGACCCACAUCACCGCUAUAGCCUGA